GGACUGUAUCGCGAAAUGGAUUAUCCAUCUGCUGCUACUAGUCACCUAACUGUCUCACUUCUAUCGUCAUCUCAUAUUGGAACACGUGUAUUGGUUACGAUGCCUGGACUGAACCUCCUUAUCCCCUUAGCCCUUUGUGCAGGCCUUUACCUGCUGGUGCACCGCAUCAGACAACUUGGCCGGCCGCCAAAGGGUCUGCCUCCAGGGCCACCAACGCUGCCCGUACUGGGUAAUAUCCAUCAGUUGAGCUUGGAGACAGGACACAAACAGAUGACAGAAUGGGCCAAAGAGUAUGGCUCCAUGUACACGCUGAUGAUGGGGCCCAAUCAGCCCGUAAUUGUGGUCUCGGAUGAGCAGAAGAUCAGGGAUCUUCUUGUCAAGCGUGGCAGCAACUUCUCGUCCCGUCCAGACCAUUACAUGGCACACAACGUUCUUAGUGGAAGUCUCCGGGUGAUCUUCAUGAAGUAUUCAUGGCACCUCAAGCUUGCACGGACGCUUGGACGGAAAGUUUUGGCCGAGAGCGUCGUCAAAACAACGUACCUGUCAUACCAGUACCUAGAGAGUGCGGCAUUGCUCCAAGGUCUUUUGGAGAAGCCAGAGGAUUUCAUGAUCCACCUACAGCGAUUCUCACUCUCCUUCGCCACUCAGAUCACAUAUGGAUUCCGGACACCAACCCAUGACCACCCGCUGGUGGCAAAGAUCUUUUACCACCUUCAAGAGUUUUCCAGAGUUUCUGGCACCCAGACCGCGCAUCUGCUCAACAUGUUCCCAAUAUUGAGACGUCUUCCAGAUUUCUUCUUACCUGCGCGCAAGCAUGCGGCGAAGCUUCACCAGGAUGAAAAGGCUCUGCUGGUGGGCCUGUAUCAGGACGUCGAGAGAAAACUGCGCUCCGGCACGGCGGAGCCCUGUGCAACGUCCAUGUUCAUCGAGGUGCAGAGGAAAGAACAAGACCAAGUAUCUCCCGACCUCAUGGCCUACUACUCAGGCUCGCUCCUUCAGGCCGCGGCGGAGACCACACUAGCUACUAUCACUGGGUUUACGCAGGCCAUGGUCAUUUUCCCCGAUGUGGCCAAGACCGCCCAGGCCGAGAUCGACCGCGUGUGUGGCGACCGUAUCCCGUGCAUUGAAGACUGGAAAGACCUCAAGUACAUUCGCGGCUGCAUCAAGGAGAGUUUGCGGUGGAUGCCAGCCACCAUCUUGGGCGUGCCUCACUCAGCCGAUGCCGACGAUGAGUAUGCCGGAUGCAGGAUUCCGAAGCACACAGCCGUUAUCUACAAUGUCUGGGCCCUUCACAACGACCCAAAGCGUUACAAGGACCCACGCAAGUUCGACCCAGCGCGGUGGGCCGACGAUGACUCGACCUCGUCCGAGUCGGCAGCCAACGAGGUCGUCAACAAGCGAGACCACUUCGGCUUCGGCUUCGGCCGCCGGAUGUGCCUAGCCAUGAACCUGGUCGACCAGUCGCUGUUCCUGGUGAUCUCGCGCCUGCUGUGGGGACUCGACUUCAACCGCGCCGUGGACCCGGCCACGGGGCUCGAGAUCGUCCCGGACAUGGAGGACCUGCAGUUCGGCCUCUUCGUCAUGCCAAAGCCCUUUCCCGCAGAUAUCAAGCCAAGAUCUGCCGACAGGGCGCAGCAAAUCAGGGACUACUGGCAGCAGGAAGCCGAGAAGAAUUUGGACGGGGACCUGCAAUGGAAGGCGGUGCCUCAGACCUCGCCUCAGGUUGUCUGAGCUACAGUAUGG